CAGGUUCGUCAGACUGAACCAGAAGGCUUCAAAUGACCCGGCGGCAGCGCUAGAGAAGCAUUCAGUCUUCACACAGAGCGGAGGACAACAGCAACAAAGAUGGAGCGACUCAACUUACUCGUCUGUCUCAGUUUGAUUACUGUGGCUUCAACUCUGGACCCCAGAGGAGCCCGUCCGGUGGAACAAGGCACCAGAUCUGAAAAAUGUGACACUCAGAAGGAGUGGCCUUUCUGCACAGACGACCAAUGGGGCUCUAAAUGCCCGUCGGGCUGCAGGAUCCAGGGUCUGAUAGAUAAAUACGACCACAGCGCGCUGAAGCAGAUCGAGAAGAUCCGCAGCCUCCUGGACCAGAACAAGGCCAAGCACCGCUCCGCCGACCAGGUGUCCAUACAGACCUACAACUACCUGAAGGACAAACUCACCACUGACGCUGGUCAUGAUAACACCUACUACGACCUGGCCCAGAGUCUGCGUCAGAGAAUCACAGACAUGAAGAUUAAGAUCGACCGACAGCUGAGUCUCCUAGCCGCCAUGAAGGAGCGAGUCAAGGACCAGGUCGUCGAGAUGCAGAGGCUGGAGAUUGAUAUCGAUAUUAAGCUCCGUUCCUGCAAAGGAUCCUGCGAAAGCUACACCCAGUACCAGGUGGACCAGGAGAGCUACGUGGCUUUGGAAAAACAGGUCAACCAGCUGGACUCCCAGUCGGGUCGGAACGUUGAGGCUGUCGGGUCGAUGUACGUGAUGAAGAGCAGGCUGAUGAAGGAUGUCAUUGUGGACUCCAUCUACAAGUCCGGGGACAGCAACCGGGCGGGACAGAAGACAGAAGACAUGUUCCCUGAUGUGCCGACGGCCCAGUUGGUACUAGUGGUGGAAGGCUCCGAAACAUCCCCAGCAACCAUCUCCAAGGUACCAGGUACUUCCUACUCUCCAUCAACCUCUUCCUCCGCUUCCUCCUCCUCCUCUACGUCAUCUAUCACUGAGCUCGGCGGUGGCAGUGAUUUAUUUGGCGGAGACCUCGGCCACUCCAGUACAAGCCACAGGUCCACCAAAAGCGUCACCUGCACCAAGAGCAUCAGGACGACCAUCGUCCAGUCGAAGAGCGGGCCGGUGGAACACACGGAGGAGGUGAUGGAGGGAGGACCCGAGUGCCAGACCAUGACACACCUCACCAAUGGAGGGAUGGACCACCUCUUCCCUGGCUUCACAUCUUCAUCAUCAUCGUCUUCUUCUUCUUCUGGGAUCUUCCAAGUUGGUGGCGCCAAGGGAAGUCUCUUAGAUUCCAAAACUGGGUUGGGGGAUACAUUGGGCGGGAUCGACCUCGGCCUGUUCUUGACAGACACAGGAGACGAUGACCAUCCCGUUUCCAAAUAAUCGGGAAGGUUUAGAUUAAGGUCCCAAAUCAGGAGUAAAAUCUUCACGAGCACAUUCAGCUAGACAGCAUGCGUUAGCAUCAGCCAGCUUUCUAGCUAGCCUUAUGCACCGAAAUAUGAAGUGAACACAGUAAUUGUUAUUGUUUGUUGCUAGAGCUUAAAGGUAUUUAAUUAGAUGGAUUUUGGGUCAUUGUGUAAUGCGAUGAUGAACUUUAAGGGCUGUUUUUUCUUUAUAACAACACAAACUGUGGAGAGGAGUUCUUAGUCCGUCAGAUAUUUCAAAUGCAGAUUGACAAAAACAGGUUAAGUUUUUUGGGACAAUUCAUUAGCCAUUUUGCAGUGAAAGUGACUGUUAGCACACUUAUGACUUGAGUACAUUGAAGCUAACCGAGACAAAGGGCAAUAGCCACCAGUUUAGACACUGCGUUUAGGGACUUUGAGAUCAAUGUUUUUCGCGCAUGGUCCUUGACAAAUACAUUUAAUAAAGGUGACAUUUAAACAAGUCGUAAUUCACCGAACAGAACCCCACUCACCAAAAACAUCAAGUAGCCACCAACCAAUCUGCAUUUGAAGCAUCCUGCUGAUGCUCCAAAACCGGCCAAUUACAGCCUGAAAACUGUUUUUGAAUAGGACACGGAGAAAGUGUGAUCAAAUAAUAUAGAAUAUACACAUUUAUUUAAACCCAAAGAAACAACAAUGGCAAAAGAAACAAGAGCCUGAAAUAAGAUGUAAAGGUACGUAACGGCACACUGAAGCUGCAGGUAAAUAUUUGAGGCCAAAAAUCAAAGUUUCAGACCUUCAGACUGUUGAUCUGUUCGUAAAUCAUUCUGAGAUUUCAAAAUCAAGUCAAACGGCAUCGGAUCAUUGACCUGUUUAUCUCACCAGUGUUCUUGGAACAAGACCUGAUGUUCCCAAAGUGUGUACUGAACUCUGCUCAAUCAAUAAAGAUUCAAUGUUCACUUCA